AUGAAGUACUCCAUCGUUCUGCCGCUUCUCGCCACCACGGUGCUGGCUGCACCCUUGGAACCCCGCCAGGACACCUGCAAGGUCCCGACCUCGUUCCCAACGACGGCUAACUCGAAGCUUCCCAACCCGUUCAAGUUCUUCGAUGGAACUGAUGUCAAAACCAAGGCCGACUAUGAAUGCAAAAACAAGGAGGUGCUCGCCGCUCUCCAAGCGCAGGAACUCGGAACCUUCCCACCUAAGCCUUCCACGUUUUCCGCCACAUACUCUGGCGGCACUCUCUCGUUCACUGCUGGUGAGGGCGGCAAGUCUAUCUCCUUCUCCGUCAGUAUCAAGGGCAACACUGGUUCUUCGGUUCCCGCUAUCAUUGCCUACGGCGGCGCAAGCAUCCCUAUUCCGUCGGGUGUCGCGACAAUCACCUUCAACAACGACCAGAUGGGCCAGCAGUCAGGGCAGAGCUCUCGCGGUAAGGGUAAAUUCUACGACCUCUACGGUUCUGGUCACAGCGCCGGUGCCCUCACGGCUUGGGCAUGGGGAGUUGACCGUGUUAUGGAUGCUCUGGAGGCCACCACUGGCCACAAUAUCGACACCAAGCGAGUCGGUGUGACUGGUUGCUCCAGGAACGGUAAGGGCGCUUUCGUGGCCGCUGCCCUUGUCAACCGCAUCGCGCUCGGCAUCCCGCAAGAGUCGGGUUCUGGUGGUGCUGCCUGCUGGCGCAUCUCCGACUCCGAGAAGGCCAAGGGCAAGAACAUUCAAACCUCCUCUCAGAUCGUUGGUGAAAACGUGUGGUUCUCGCCCGCCUUCAACGCAUUCUCCACCAAGGCGAACACCCUAUCAACCGACCACCACCAGCUUGCCGGUAUGGUCGCGCCCCGCGGACUCAUCGUCAUCGAGAACGAGAUCGACUGGCUCGGCCCCGUGUCUACCACUGCAUGCAUGAAGGCAGGUCGCUUGAUCUAUAAGGCGCUUGGUGUGCCGGACAACAUGGGCUUCACUGGCUCUGGAAACCACAACCACUGCUCGUUCCCUAGCAACCAGCAGAGCGACUUGACUGCGUACAUUAACAGGUUCUUGCUCAACACUGGCGGGAGCACGGCGAACAUCGAGAAGGGUCCUACUGCUGAUGUUGCCUCGUACAUUGACUGGACCGCGCCGACGCUGUCUUAA